GAGCUUGUUUCAGAGCAGCCAUUUUGAAGUGAAAUCGUAAACUCGGGUGUUUCUCAUCACGUUAAUGAAGCUUCUCGUCUGUUUAGACUCUUAAAUCAUGUGAUUAGUGAAACUAGUGUUUUUUAUUGUAGGAUUUACUUACUUAACUUUUUUCAAUCUCCCCCUCAUCCCCCUCCACAAAGUUCAUCAUUGUGGGAAUAAUAUAAUGUAAUUGAAUAAUGUACAGUCAUUUUAAAAGGUCUUGAUUUUAAAGAGCCUCCAGAUAAUGUAUAUUAUGAUUUGUCGCUAUACAAAUCAAAUUUUAGUGAAAAGAAACCAUGUUAACAGGAAGAAACCUCCAGGACCUGACUCCACGUGCCUCGUCCGGUUGGUGCGUUCACUUGUCUGCAUGAAAACCUCGUUUCACCGCAGCACCGCCACCUCUCCUGUGGUCAGGCUGGAGUAAAACCACCUCUCUGGGUGUUUUUCAGUUUCCCAGCAGCCCCUGAAGGCAGCAGCACACCUCCACCGGACCCUCCCCCCCCCACCGGCUCACCCUCCUCUCGCCCGGCCCACAAACCCGCACCUGGAGCCCGCAGCCCGGGGAGCGUCGCCGGGAGAGAGCCGCCUUCGAGCCACCGUGCAGCAUGGAGGAGUUAGCCAGAGAGAGCAUCAGCCUGCUGGCUUCAGCCUCGGCCAAGCCCCCGCUGGACGUGUCCGCCGGCCCGCGGCUCGGCUCCGUGGGGGCCAUCUUCAUCAUGCUGAAGUCCGCCCUGGGCGCCGGGCUCCUCAACUUCCCCUGGGCCUUCGAGAGAGCCGGGAGCAUCCGCAGCGCCGUCACCGUGGAGCUGGUUUCCCUCGUCUUCCUCAUCAGUGGGCUCAUCAUCCUGGGCUACUCCUCCUCCAUCAGCGGCCAGUGCACGUACCAGGCGGUGGUGAAGGAGGUGUGCGGGCCGGCCAUCGGUCAACUGUGUGAGAUCUGCUUCGUCUUCAACCUUUUCAUAAUCUCUGUGGCCUUUCUGGUCAUCGUGGACGACCAGCUGGAGAAGUUGUGCGGCUCCAUGUAUGAGCUGAUAACUGGUUUGCCGGAGUCCGAGUUACCGCACCACUUCUACACAGACCAGCGCUUUGCUCUGGUGUUGCUCUGCGUCCUCCUCAUCCUCCCACUGUCCAUCCCCAAAGAGAUCAGCAUCCAGAAAUACAUCAGUGGUCUGGGCACUCUGGCUGCGACCUACCUGACUGUAGCCAUCAUCGUCAAAUACCACACCACGCCUUCUGUCCUGGUUCACAUCACCCCUCUCUACAGCAGCGGGAUCAGCUCCUGGGCCUCCAUGUUCAGCGUCAUCCCCACCAUCUGCUUCGGCUUCCAAUGCCACGAGGCGUCCAUCGCCAUCUACAGCAGCAUGGAGAACCAGCGGCUCUCUCACUGGGUCUUCAUCUCCGUCAUCUCCAUGAUCUUCUGUCUCAUCAUCUAUUCCCUCACAGGGGUUUAUGGGUACCUGACAUUUGGGAAGGACGUGAAGUCCGACAUUCUGAUGUCGUACACGGGCGAAGACAUCCUGAUGCUCAUCGCCAGGCUGCUCUUCGGAAUCUCCAUCAUCACCAUCUAUCCCAUCAUCCUGCUGCUGGGCAGAUCCGUGAUCCAGGACCCCCUGCUGAGUUGGCGGCGGCGGCGUUACGGCGUGGUGACGGUGAACUUCGAAAGCCGCAGCCGCUACGCGCUGACAGUCCUGUGGAUCACGGUGACGCUGCUCAUCGCCGUCUUUGUGCCAGACAUCAGCAAGGUCAUCAGUGUCAUCGGAGGCAUCAGCGCCUUCUUCAUCUUCAUCUUCCCAGGACUGUGUUUGAUGUUCGCCAUGCAGUCGGAGCCCGUGUCCUUGAGGACCAGAGUCGUCCUCACGGUUUGGGGCGUCGUGACGCUGAUCUGCGGAGCCUUCAUCUUCGGCCAGAGCAGCACCAUCGCCGUCAUGCAGUUCCUCGGAAAGAUCUGACUGUUCCACUCCCCUCGCCGCUUCAGGUGUUGUCAUGGAGACUGCGGUCACCGGGUCCGAACUCGUUCCCCCCCUUUCUCCUCCCGAGAGCCCACGUUGAGUU